AUGACCUGGAGUGCAAGAUCCACUGCUGCUUAGGAGAGGAGCGUCAACAGCAGCACCAUGGUUCCUCUGUGGAUUUCUUCUGUUGGAAUCUGGAUGACUGGAAUGAUGGAAAUGGUGGGAUUUGCCAAUCUCCGAAAUCAAGUAUCCAGAGAAUCAGUGAAGAGAAGAUUUGAAUUCACACUUAUGGUAGUGGGAAAUCCGGGAAAGACAACAUUAAUCUACUCAUGAUUCCUCAUAGAUUUGCAUUCUCCAGAAUAUCCAAGUCUUUCUCAUAGAAUUAUUACUAAAAAGACUGUACAGGAGGAACUCAAAGUUGUAAUCAAAGAAGGUAGUGUUAAGUUGCUGCUUACAACAGUUGAUACCCCAGGAUUUGGAGAUGCAGUAGAUAAUAGUAAUUGCUGGCAGCUCGUUAUCGACUACAUUGAUACUAAAUCUGUGGACUACCUAAAUGCAGAAUCAUGAGUGAACAGAUGUCAGGUGCCCGAUAACAGGGUGCAGGUUUGUUUAUACUUCAUUGCUCCUUCAGGACAUGGAAUUAAACCGAUAAUAACUUUAAAACAGAUAAUGAAAGAAAUCUAAGAACUUAAAACAUACAAAUUUCCAGAAACAGAUGAAGAAGACAACAAGCUUGUUAAAAAGAUGAAGGACCAUUUACCUCUUGCUUAGGUAAGUAGUAAUACUAUCAUUGAACUUAAUGGCAAAAGGGUUAGGGGAAGGCAGUAUCCUUGGAGUGUUGCUAAAGUUAAAAAUGGCGAACAUUGUUUUACAAUUUUAAGAAAUAUGUUAAUAACACAUAUGCAUGAUUUGAAAGAUGUUAUAAAUGCCCACUGUGAAAAUAGAAAACUGGCAGUUGUGACUUAUAAUGUAGUUAACAAAUACGGGCUAAGAGACUUCUGGCACAAAUGGAAGAAGAAAGAGUAUGUAGCUAAAAUGAAGAUGGAGCUGGAGAUGGAGCAGGUGUUUGAAAUGAAGGUCAAAAAAAAAGCUCAAAAACUGAAGGACUCUGAAGUUGAGUUCCAAUGGCAGCGCCACGAGCAAAUGAAAGAAGCAUAACACAAAGAAUUAGAGAAAAAACAUUGUCAGUUUGAGGAUGAGAAAGCAAACUGGGAAGCUCAACAACAUAUUUCAAAACAACAAAGCUCUUUGAGAACCUUCAAAAAGAAUAAAGAGAAGAUCUUUUAAACUA